AUGCCCUCUCUGUCGCGGGCGUUUAUCACAGCGAGCUGGCAAUGUGUUACAGUCAAUCCAACUGACAAUGCUUUAAAAAUCAUUUUGGCAGAUCUUCAUCCAAAUCUUGCCCUUUCAGGUCUUGUUGGAGAGCUCUUGGUUUUUUGUGCAUAUUUCGACGAUGGAUGCAUGGAACAUCUGCGUAUGGACUCUUAUGCAUCUCAUUUAAAGCAUUGCAACUAUUCACCACAAAAAUGCUCUAGUUACAUACACGGAUGCGAGUUUAAAGGAUCUGCAACAAGUGUUGAUCUUCAUCAGCAAUCAUGCCCUUACCAAAGAUUGAACCCAUUUAUUCUUGCCGUCGAGAAACGUAUAUCGGAUUUGGAAUCUCUAGUGCAUGCACAGUCUGCUCAAAUCAAUAGUCUUCUUUUAGCAAAUCCAUUAGCUCAAAGUGUCAAGACAAAUUCUGUUACGAUUAAGCCCAGUGAGAAUACAAGAGUUCAUCUUGACUAUUUAUCUGAUAGGACACAUGAAAUGCCUGAUAUCAUUGAUCCAUGGCCAAAUGGCGAUAUUUUGUGUAAGAAUACAAUUUCUAGCGGUAGAUCAGGCGUGACUUCUGUUGCAUAUGCUGGAGAUAAACUGUAUGUCGGGGCGUAUGAUGGGAAGAUUAGGUCAUAUAUAAUGAAAUCAGGAGAGCUUCUAGAUUCGGUGGAUGGACAUAGUCUUUCAGUUUGGUCUUUGGCAGUGGAUCCUUCAAGAAAACAAAUAUACAGUUCUGGUACUGAUGGAUUUAUAAAGGCGUGGAAUAUUCAGGAUAAUGGCAAGCUAGUUUUGGCCGGUUUGAUUCAGGCUGACCAUGGAAAAGUAUAUUCCUUGGUUAUGUACGGAGAGUUUUUGGUGUCUGCAUCCUCGGACAAGACUAUUCGACUAUGGAAUCGCCACACUCUAGAGUGCACAGGAACUCUUGUUGGCCAUGAAGCAGGCGUGAAUGCAAUAUGCUUGCUGCCUCAUGACCAACUUGCUAGUGUUUCAAGCGAUAAAUCCAUCAAGAUCUGGGAUUUGAACACUUGCCAAACCACAGGACAUAUUUCUCAUCUACCAAGUGAUGCAUUGGACGUUACAUUUGGUUCUGGUAUGCUGUUUGCAUCUACACUUGAUGCAAAUAUCACUGCCUAUGAUUUGAAUAGCUAUUUGCGCGCAGGACAAAUGACGGGUCAUCGUUGGGAGGUGUGGCAGUUGAAAUAUACUUCAAACGUACUAUUUAGCGGCAGUCACGAUCACACCAUCAAGCGUUGGGAUAUCCGAUCAUUUCGAUCUACGGCGGAUUUAACUGGCCACAAGGGUUACAUUCACUCUCUUGCUACUGGGGCAGGCUGUCUUAUUUCUGGGUGUGGAGACAAGACAGUUAAAGUAUGGGGAGCGUCCACAACGGAAUAG